UCUCUAUGCCACAGACGCCAAAUGUCGCCAUCGAUCUAUGACAUUUUGUGAAGUUGAAUUUAUUGAUAUAAAGCGUUAAUGUAAAUAAUAAACAAUUCCAACAUAAAAGUCGGCUUCCAGUCGAUAUGUAUGCCAAGGGCAAAGGCUCUACGGUACCUUCGGACGCUCAGGCCCGCGAGAAGUUAGCCCUCUAUGUGUACGAAUACUUACUGCACGUUGGGGCUCAGAAAGCGGCACAGACUUUUCUCUCGGAGAUACGAUGGGAGAAGAACAUAACACUCGGCGAGCCCCCGGGGUUCCUCCACUCGUGGUGGUGUGUUUUCUGGGAUCUAUACUGCGCAGCGCCGGAGAGGAGGGAUACUUGUGAACACUCAUCAGAAGCCAAGGCUUUCCACGAUUAUGGUUUCGUUAAUUCCGGCUACGGUGUGAACGGGAUCGGCCACAACGCAGGCCCGGCGCCUCCAAAUGACGGCAUGGGCGGCGGGGGCAUGCCGCCGGGCUUCUUCCCCAACUCGUCGCUGCGGCCGUCGCCCCCCGCGCCGCACCCCGGCUCGCAGCCCUCGCCGCACGGGCCCGCGCCGCAGCUGAUGGGCACCGGCCAGCCCUUCAUCGGGCCCUGGUACGCGGGCGGGCCCCGCUCGGCCGUCAGGAUGGGCAUGGCCAACGACUUCAAUGGGCCCCCGGGUCAGGGUAUGAUGGGCAACUCGCUGGAGCGCGGCGCCGGCGGCGGGAUGCUGGGCGGGCCGCGCAUGACGCCCCCCCGGCCCGGCAUGGGCCCCAUGAGCCCCGGCGCCUACGCGGCAGGCAUGCGCGGCCCUCCGCCGCAGGCACCAGGUAUGCCACCAAUGGGGAUGGGCCCCAGAGGCGCCUGGGCCGGCGGCAGCGGGGGCGCCGGCGGGGGGUCGGCCCCCCUCAACUACAGCGGGGGCUCGCCCGGCGCGUACGGGGCGCCGCCGGGCUCCAACGGCCCGCCCGGACCCCCCACGCCGAUAAUGCCAAGCCCGCAAGACUCGUCGAAUUCUGCCGCGCUUGGCCCAGGACUAGGUGGCGUGGACGGCAUGAAGAGCUCGCCGGGCGGCGUCGGCGGCGGGGGGCCCGGCACCCCCCGGGAGGACUCCGGCUCUGGCAUGGGCGACUACAACUUAAGUUUCGGUGGACCGGGCGGCGACCAAAAUGAUCAAACUGAAUCGGCGGCCAUUUUGAAAAUCAAAGAGAGCAUGCAGGAGGAGGCGAAACGAUUCGAGAAGGACCCAGACCACCCCGACUAUUUCAUGCAGUGAGAGAUUAAGAUCCAUCGCCGCCAACUUGCCAAACGGAAUUACACACGCAUAUUCACUUGGCGCGGUAAUUUGUGUAUAUGAGUUGCCAAGUUAACUGAGGUAUACUAUUUAAUACACUACACCGUGUAUCUAAUACUACAGUACUGUAGGUACGAUAUACGAUGCGGUUAUAUGAGCUGCCAAGUUAACUAAGGGAUGUUUUAUACACUACGGCGUGUAUCCAAUACUAGAGUACUAUAGUUUCGAUAUAUACACACAUAUUCACUUGGCGCGGUAAUUUGCGUAUAUGAGUUGCCAAGUUAACUGAGGUAUACUAUUUAAUACACUACACCGUGUAUCUAAUACUACAGUACUGUAGGUACGAUAUACGAUGUAUUAUAGAAACAGAUAUAUGAGCUGCCAAGUUAACUGAGGAAUGUUUUAUACACUACACCGUGUAUCUCUAAUACUAGAGUACUGUAGUUACAAUAUACGGUGUACUGUGCGGCUAUAUGAGUUGCCAAGUUAACUGAGGUAUGUUUUAUACACUACACCGUGUAUUUAAUAUUGAAGUACUGUAGCUACGAUAUACUGUGUGUGUACUGUAUAUGCAAAUAUAUGAGCAGCCAAGUUAACUAAGGCAUGUUUUAUACACUACACCGUGUAUCCAGUCCAAUUCUGGAGUACUGUAGUUACGAUAUAAUACGUAUUGUAGAUAUAAAUAUACGAACCAAGUUACGAUACAACAAAUAAAGAAACGCCCAAACGAAGCACGCCUGAUGUUUUAUAAUGACAUAACACAAUGUAAUUGUAUGAAAAUAGUAAAUAUGACAUCUGGUACCAAAUUUUAUAAUUUUAAUUUGUAUUGAAAAGUGAAGCUUGCAUACUAAUUUUAUUGAACAGAUUCAAUACAGACUAUCAUGGUAAUUUAUAAACUUUAAAUAUUAAUUGGCAGAAGAGUAUGUAUAAAAUUUAUAUGUCCUGCCAAGUUGCCUUGAGAAUAGCUUGGCAACUCAUGCGAUACUGUUAAGUUAUUUGAGCACUCAAAUACACGAUAUUUUUACCGACCUGUAAUGGUCUCUGGUUUUGAGACUUAAAUUGAUCUCAUAUAUGAGGUUUUGGUAAGUUGGUGUUCGAUUUGUUUUGCGUUCCAACGAUCUGAGAAAUGGAUUUUUUUAAAUAAGCUCUUCCUCCGCUCUGUCAUUCGCAAAUUUUAUUAUUUAUUAGUAUAAUUUAUCGCACUGUUUUAUUUUUUUCAUUUUAAUGAAUAUCGAAUGACUUUUUGAUAGUUCUUUUUGGUUUUUAGAGUAUGUUUUCACAAUAUUUUUAAUGUUAGAUUUAUAUUUUCUUUUUUCCUUAUCGUAAGUUGUAACUUUUAAUGUCGUGUAAUUCGUUUUAUGAUGAUUAAUAAUUUGUAUAUGGAGAAAAUUAUGUAUAGGGUUUCUUUUUUUGCAAAUAUUUAUGAACUUGGCGACUCACAAUUUAUAUUGCAACAAGAGUAUUUUCGACAUAUUGUUUUUCAUUUGAGAGAUUUUAAUUAUUUAUUUAGUAAUAUGGCACCGGAAACAUAAUAUAGAUAAAUAUACAAACAAAUUUGAUAUAUUAAUAUGUAAAUUUGAUACUGAGGUACCAUUAUGCUCUCCAAUAUUGCAAUAUUUUAGGUUCUUUUUUUGUUUAGAUGUGUCUUACCUUAUUUUAAUAAAGCGUUCUAUAUACAAAUAAUUGUAAUUAAAACUAAUUGAUUGAUAAUUCUAACUUCACAUGUAGACAGUGUAAUGAAAUGAGGGUAGAUUGAUAAAACUUUUUUUAUACUAGUAGUUUAUGCGAAUAAUACAAGACAUUUUACAAUGCAAAAUCUAGAUAUUUUCGAAUAUGAGUUGCCAAGUAAAAAAAAAUGCACAUUUUGGAUAUUCUCUCAUAUUAAUUUUAUAUUGUUAUCUAGUUUAUUCACUAUUUAAAACAAAAACAUGACACCAUUUGUUUUUUUUAAUAUUAACCACGCAAAAGCUUUAUAAAUUUUUCUAUAAAUCGAAAUGGCAGCCAUAUUGAAAACACUUCAAAAAAAUCCAAAAUGAUUUUAUAUGACCCUUUUGGCAAUUUUUUUUUUUUUGCUAAAUACAACACCAAACUUUUGUAGCUGUAGGCAUCAAUUUCAAAAAUGGUCAAAAAUGGCAGAUAUAUUGAAACAAAAUCUGUUUUAUCAAACUACCUUCAUUUUGCGACACUGCAUAUAUUAUUGCAAUAUUUUAAUUUUAUAUUCCUUUUUUUUUCACAACUUGUAAAUAGAUUAUAUUUAAUCGUUUAAGAUAUAAAGGGAAUCGUCAAAAAGUUUAAUUCGGCACUUAGCGAUUUGAAAUAGAUGAUUUUUUUUUUAAAACAGUACGCCCGUAUUAUUAAGGGAUAGAUUUUUCGAAUAAAUUAAUUAUUAUAUUAUUAUAAUUAUGUAUGUAUUAUUACAUAGAUGCAGAUAUUUGAUUAUUCGAUUGUAAUUUUUUUUUUAUUUCUUGUAUUUAAUUCAAUUGAAGAUGUAACAAAGAAUGUUUUACCUGUAAUAUUUGCAUAUAGAGGUACGCUGUGAUUUUUUUAAAGCGCUACACACCUUCAGUUUUAACUGAAUAACUAUUUUGAUUGAAAUUUCACAAAUGACACGUGAUUUUAUUAAACAGACGGUCCAAUUUUAUCUAAUAUACCUACUAUGUAUAUAACAAGAUUUAUUCUUGUAUAAAAAUGAAUUAUCAAUUGAAAUUAUUAAAAAUAUAUAUGUGUACUUUUCUUUUAAACAUCACAAUGUAUAUUUUUUUCAAUACUUAAUUUUUUUAAGUUAUUUAUUGUUUUAGUUAAUUAAAUGCCAGACAUACAUUAACUAAACAUUUACACAAACUAUAGAUUAAAAUUUUGAAUUUUUUGAACGUUCUUGAAUAACACACACAAAUACAUAAGUGAUUACUGAAUUGUUCAUUGAAAUAAAUAUUUGUUUUUUAGUUUAAAUAAUGGUCUCAUAUCAACCGCUGGACGCCUAGUAAUUUAUAAUAUAUUGUCAAUUGACAUUUAAAUAUUACAGUUGAAACAUUUUUUAAAGGUCGCUGCAUAUGGUACGUUUAGAACGUGGUCGGGGAAAAUAAACUGCUUAAAUGAGCUACUUAAGGGUCAUGCAAAUUACUACUUACUACGGGUUAAAUAGAUGUCGUAUACGUAAAGUCCGGCCGCUCAGAGAUUGCUUUUCUGACACCUGUCUUUAUCAUGUCAUAAUGUAAAUGUCAAUGAGAUAUUUAAAUAAAAUUAAAAUGUAUUAAAUAAAAAAAAAAAAAAAUUAAUAAUUAUGCCAACUUACAAUAAACGUAUUAAAAUUUUGGGCUAAAAUUGUUAACAAUUAGUUAGUUAGCAAAUGCAAAAAGGUGACUUUGACAGGUAUCAGAAACGCAAUCUCUGGCCGGCCGGACUUUGGUGACAGUGUCAGAUUAUUAAAAACAAAUAAUCAUCUCAGAGGAUCGUACGUAAUUUCAUUGAAAUUAUCAUGUUAUGAGAUGAUUGUAAUAACAAAAAAAAAUGCUUGAUGUUAAAUGGUCAAGAUCAUUUCAUUGAAAUAAAUAUGUUAGAUGAUCACGAAAACACGAUGAAAAUCUAGUGACUCAUUAUUUUAAUGGCAAAUAACCUGCAGGAUUUUUUUCUCCGUGUAUGUAUGUAUACACACUUGCAUGUGUAUUUUGUAUGAAACUAUAUUUCCAAAAAAUACACACCCCGUCCCGUCCGAGAUAAAAAAAAACGCUGCGUAUGCUGUGACCUUAAUUCUUUAUAUUUUGAACACGCACCGAAUUUUGUCGAUUAGCGGGCGUAAUAUUUUAAUUAUAAAUAAUGUAUAUUUAUUUAAUUGUUUAUAUCUAUUUGUAACAUGGAUUGUCUGAUCAUGAAAUUAAUAUUAAUGAAAAUAUAUUUUAAAAAAUCCCAAAAAUGCAACAGUCGAAUUUUGGCAACUUUUGUGCAAACGAUCUUUUUCGACAAAAAUGACUCACUUCAUAAUAUAGGGCGCCAUUUUAAAAGCCAACUAAAAUUAAAAAUGGACCAUAGAGCAUAGAUCUCGCAAUCCGUGAUACAACAUAAAGUGAUCGCACAUCUAUCACGCCGCACGGAUACAUAAUAUCCGCACGAAAUGUGUGCGAUUAUGUUGAAUGAACGUAUAGUAAAGCGGUUUGUAAGUUGAACUAGCAGUAAAACAUUUACUUGUGUUAGCGACGCAAUGUAAACAGUGGCGUGCAUAAUAUGCGUGCAGGUUUUUAACUAGGGUAUGCACUAUAAGUGAAAAUUGGAAAAUUCCUUGUCCAACUAUUUUGAGCCUAAAUAGCUCAAUGGUGAGAGUGGUCGGACUCAUCAUCAAGGUGGUGGUUCGAUCCCCGCCCCGUUGGUCUAUUGUCGUACCCACUCCUAGCACAGUCUUGCCCGACUAGUUGGAGGGAGAUGGGAAUAUUGGUCAUGUUAUAAAAUAUAUGGCAAAUAUUCUUUUUAAGAAAAAUUAUGUAUUCCGUGGUCCAACAUAGGUUUGUAUUGAAUCCUUAGGGUAGGCAGUGCUUUUUAGCAUAUAUGAAGUGCACGCCACUGAUUAGAUAAGAGGUGCCACGAGUAGUGACCAUUGCAAUUUGCAGCAUGACGGCAUUAUAAUUGCGUACGAAUUAUUUAUUUGACGUCUUUAGUGUUCAUGAUAACCCCAAAGCACGCGUCUAACACUUGUUUGUAAUUGUAUCUGCCGCCAAACGGUAAUUUUAGUUAAACUUACUUGCCGGGGUCUAUACGUUGAUCCCACAUUUGUUGGAAAUGUGAUAUCGUGUUGUAAUAGAUGGACAUUCAGCUUUUAUUAUAUAUUAAACAUAUUCCACAUUGAUGUUAUAGGUAAAAAGUUUCUAGGUAUAUCAGUUUAGACGAAAAAAAAUCUAAAUCUAGUUCUUCGUCCACCUUUUUUAAAUAGAAAAUGCUAGGGAUGGCAGUAAUCUGCAUCCAUAUGUUGAUGUCUUUUGGAUGUAGGUUUUUUGGCGCUAAUUCACUUUGCGAAGUUAUAGAGUUCCUUACAAUUAUUAAUUAGCCCUUCCAGCUUCCGUUUUCCCUAUCAUCUACAUGGCUAUAUUCAAGUCAAGGGUGAAUAGGCAUUAUCUAGGCAAGCGCGUUCCACCAUAGGCCACAUCAGGCGCGAUUACAGCCAAGCGCUUGUCUUCUAUAUGAAUAAAAAUAAUAUUCUUUUUCUAAUAGUGCCAUCUCCUAUCUGAGGUCAGCAAUCAUUAAGGCUAAUUUAACUUUGUUCACUGCUGCCCGAAAGAGUGAUCUGGUACUUAUAUUAAACCAUUGGCGUAAGUUCUUGAGCCAAGAUAUACGUCUACGACCAGGCCUUCGUUUCCCCUUUAUCUUUCCCUGGAUAAUAAGCUGGAGCAGGUGAUAUUUGGAGUUUCGCAUUAUAUGACCCAGGUAUUCGAGCUUCCUCUUUUGGACUUGUUGCAGAACUUCUGUUGGCUUUCCCAUUUUUUGCAGCACAGUAGUAUUGCGUACACGAUCCCUCCAUGAUAUAAAAAUAAUAUAUAUUGCUCUAAAUAGCCCUGAGCAGUUCACACAAUUGACCAAUGAGAUGGCUAAUACAUUUUUUUGUAGUUUUUUAGGUAUUUUGAUAUUUUCUAUUUGAUACCACGCAAACCUGACCCUUGGUUUAAUAGGGAGCCUAAUAGUGAAUUUCGAAAUUUGCUUGAGCGUGGUAAAUAAUACCUUGCAUGUUGUUGAGUAUUUCCUCCAAUAACGAAAUUAAUAAUUGGAGAAAAUACUCAUCUUCAAGCGGACCGUAAACGUUGGUACUAUCUAAUGAACGGCUGACAUUUAAAAUGCUAUCUAGCCAAGACUUGUUCGACACUUUUUACUUGUAACAUCUUUGGUCUUCGAUUGUUUUUUUUUUUUUUUUACUUUUCACAAAUGGAAAUAAAUUAUUUAAUUUAGCGUAUUUACACGUUUGUUUUAAGCUCUAAUGUUCCUAGAUUUGUAUUUUACUCUUAAGUUUCUAUAGUGCUUCGCAAGAUGUCGGUGCGUCGGGUCCUUUGGAGUUGUUUAUAUCGAAUGCUCAUUUCAAUGUGCUAAUGACGUAAUACGUUCACGUGAUGUCCUGUAAAUGCUAUUAUAUUGUACAGUAUGCCUAGUGGGAGUUUUCAAUAUUUUCAUACUGUUACUAUCGCGUUCACGUAAAGGCGAAUUUAUAUGGAAUUGAAACAGUUGUGCAGUUGUGCCACUAGAUGGCGCUGUUUCCAUUCCAUAGAAAUCCGCGUUUACGUUAACGCGAUAAUAACAGUAUCAAACUGCCACUAGGCCCUCAGAUGAGGUCAUGUCCAAUGUCAUCAAAUGAUAUGCCUUUUGCGGUACGUGCGGACUGUUAAUAUACGUUCAGCAUUAUGCUACGGGUUAUUUGAUACAGUGGUGGAUUUACAAGACUGAGGUCCUGGGUUCGAUCCGGCUGGGCCGAUUGAGGUUAUCUUAAUUGGUCCAGGUCUGGCUGGUGGGACGCUUCAGCCGUGGCUAGUUACCACACUACCGGCACAGACAAACCGCCAAGCGAUUUAGCGUUCCGGUACGAUGUCGUGUAGAAACCGAAAGGUGUGUGGAUUAUCAUCCUCCUGCUAACAAGUUAGCCCGCUUCCAUCAUCUGCAUCAUCACUUACCAUCAGGUGAGAUUGUAGUCAAGGGCUAACUUGUAAAGAAUAAAGAAAAAAAAAGAAUGCAUUAUGGCAAUCAAAGAAAAUAUUAAUUUUAAUGUUUCUAUAGCUUGACAAAUUCGUUCGUAACACUCCUGAUGGUAAGCGCGUGCCGGGAGGAGCGAUGGUCCGCGCGCACGACUUCAUACCCGCGCACGACCUCACACCCGCUCAGUCCUUUCCCCCGUCGCCCGCAUAUCAUGGGAGUGUCUUGCCAAGCUAUACAUCACGUAGCGUUUUGUGAAGCAAACGAUGUAACGACUUCUCGACCCGCGUUUGGGAGUUCGGCUGGGCGACAGAAUUUUAUUCACGAAUAUUAAUAUAUUUAUUAUUAAUUAAUUAAUAUUGAAAUUCCUCGUCCAUCCGAAUACGCAUUUAUUGAAUAUAAAAUAAUGGAUUUUAAUGUUUAUCGAAAUUAACGAAAAAAGACGUAAAAAUUGCCCAAAAAUUGCUUUUGUACAUUGAAGCUAAAUUUAACGGCUUUAUUUAAAAACAUGGAUUAGUAUUCAAACCUAUUUAUGGGUCCACUUAAUAGAAAAAAAAUCUUUUUUUUUUUUUUUUUUCGAAAACUGUUUUUUUUUGUGGUACAGAGCCGCAACGCAAAUUAUCAAAGUUAGUAAUAUUUACAGUUUUUUAUCAAGUUUUGGGAAAUCUUGGACCUUCAGGGUGCACCAGAAUCAGAAAAAGUGGUAUUAGGGAGAAAAAAAAUUUGGGAACCUCUGCUUUACACACAUAGACACACUUGUCAUUAUAAUGGCAACCAAAAACAAAAAAAAAAGAACUGUAAUCGUGAAAUAAUGGUACAUUACGGCACAUGUGCGAAAUGACAUACAUUCAUCAUCAUAUCAGCCGAUGGACGUCCACUGCAGGACAUAGGCCUUUUGUAGGGACUUCCAAACAUCACGGUACUGAGCAUCCAGCGAAUGUCUGCGACUCGCUUGAUGUCGUCAGUCCACCUGGUGGGGGGUCGGCCAACGCUGCGCUUACUAGUGCGGGGUCGCCAUUCCAGCACUUUGGGACCCCAAUCCAUCGGCUCUUCGAACUAUGUGCCCCGCCCAUUGCCACUUCAGCUUCGCAACUCGUUGAGCUAUGUCGGUGACUUUGGUUCUUCUGCGGAUCUCCUCAUAUCUGAUUCGAUCACGCAGAGAUACUCCUAACAUAGCUCGUUCCAUCGCCCGCUGUGUGAACCUGAGCCUUCUUAUGAGGCCAAUAGUUAGCGACCAAGUCAAACAAACAAAACAAGUUACGUUAUGGCUAAAGGCUCUUAAAUACCUGUACCACAAAAAAAUAUUACCACUAACAUUUUUUUUUUAAAUAAAGAUGUUUUAAUUACCUUCAUAAAUGUGAUUUUUGGGCAAUUUUCGUCUCUUUUCGCGAUUUUUUACGAAAUUAAUUUUACACCACGUGAAGUUAUAUGUAAUAGAUGUUUUUUUUUUUUUAUAUCUGAUAUCAUUAUAGCAUAGUUAUUUUUUAUUUUUUUUUCGGGGUGUAUGGAAAAAUUGUAUAAAUUAGAUUAUUUCUUAGCAAGAUUUGGAGAGGUAGAUUUUAAGUUUGGAGCGCACGCUCUGUCCAAGGCUCUGCGAGGGUUUGGGUUCGUUUAGUGAAAAAAAAAAAAUAUAUAAUCUAUGGUCAUAAAUUAUUCGAUGCCAAUUUUGAAUCUCGACUGAAAGUUUCGAUGAAUCAUUAAUUUUUUUUUCGUUAUUUAAAUGUAAAUAAAAUCAAUUUGGAUUUUCAUUAUUUUACAUAUUAUAUACUUUUGUUUAAUAUGUUUAUAUAGACAUACAUGUAUAUUAAAAAAAAAAUUUUUAGGUGAAAUUGCUACCACUAAAAGAACCCAAGAUUUUUGUAAAAAAAAAUGCGCAGAGUUUAAAAGAUUAGCACGUAAGGUAAAUAGUGUACGAAAAAAAAAAUUCGACAAUGCAAGUUGAAAAAUUUUUUAAAGAUAAAAAAAAGUAAUUUUUUAAUUAAUUAAGUAUGAGUUUUUUUUUUAUUUAAAUUAAUUAAUGAUACGUGUAGUGUGAGGUUGUACGUUUUUAAGGUAUAUUAUUAUUAUUAUUAUUAUGUUUCCUUUAUCCUUUUUUCUGUGAGUUAGGUAAAUGAAUUAUUUUUUUCAUCGAUGUACUGUUUAUACACCUACUAAAUAGUUAUCAUAUAUUA